GGAACCCUGUUCUUGACGACAACUCGGUGCGUCGACCCGAACAGGGGCCUUUCUGGCAUAUUGGCUGGCAAAUCCGGGGUCCGCUGAAAGCCCAGGUGUUGUCCAUGCUGGAGCUGGUCCACAUGUGGACGGCGAUCCCUCUCGCUUGGUACAGUGGCAAGGAGAGCGCCUUGAAGAAGCGCCGCAUCUUCUCGCUCAUGGUGAGGUCGGUUCCGCCGUUUUGCAGUGUCUGCUGGGCACACAUCGUCUUGAGCAAUUGGUUCAUCGCCGUUCUCUUGAACCUCAUCUGUGUGGUGCAUGACUUAUACUGGAAUUGGCCACCUCACAACGAUGAGUGGUGCCUGUCGUUCAC